AUUGAACGACAAUUACAAAUGAGAAACCAAAUGAGAGAAAGGCAAGUUGCUUUGGAAAUUGCAAAACAGAGAGAGCUAUUCUAUUGGGUUGGAGCUUUUUAUGUUGCAAGUGCUCUGGGUACCUUGGCUUGUUACAGAUACAUGCGAAAGCCUACCAUACUUAUCCCGUUAGUACCUCUAACAUUUAUACUUUCUUAUCAAGCUGACUUUGCAUAUGGAAAUAAACAUCACAGAAUACUAGUGGAAGCCGAACAUAUCAUGCAAUUUGAAGCCCACUUACUGGAGCUUCCUUUAGGAGUUCCUACUCCUGCAUCAAUAGACUUAAAACGAAUGCAAAAUGAUGAGCAGAAAAGAUUGCACCCACAUUUGCCACCACUUUAAUGAAGACGAAAACAGUAUGACCUCAUUUCUUUCAAUUUUAUCUAGAUAUUAGUUUGAAACGGUUUUUGUGCAAUUCUGCGACUGUGAUGUUCUUGAUUAUGAUAAUGUUUGGAUUCCAAUAUCUAUUGGAUACAUAGGUGAUUUUUUUAGUAGUAUUGAAUAUUACUCUUUAAACACAUCAUAUAUAUUAUAUUAAUAAUUAUUAACGACAGUAGAAAAUUGAUUGCAACUAUAGAAAUGCAAAACUGGCGCAUCUUAUUUCCUACAUUAUAUACACAUAAAUGUAUGUAA